AACAGUCCUCUCCACCUCGGCAUUUGUCUGCUGUUUCGUUGAAAGUGACCGCCGGCGAUAUCACUCCUCUCCUCUCCUCUCCUUCGUCGUUUCUUUGAUUUCUUUUUCUUAAACUUGGCUCCCCUGGUUCUGUUAUCCGUAGUUGCAGAGCAGCUCCCUUGUGAGCUGCGGUACUUGGUUCUACUCUGUUUCGCUCUGCAAAGCCGCAUUCUUUUCAACGAGUGGGUAUCAGAGUUUCGUCGUUUCUGUUCUUCCAGGCUCAACAUUUGUGCUGAAUACGAAGAUUCCGUGUCCCAUGGAUGAUGACUUCUCUCACGAGCAAAAGGUGCCAUGUGGUCUCAUAACGGGGAUAAAGUUUGAUGUUUUAACUGAGACAGAUAGAGAGUAUAUAUCUGCAUUGCAGAUUAAUGCAGCUGGGCAGGUCACCUGUUCUGAUUUGGGUCUUCCAAAUCCAUCUUGGGAGUGCUCCACAUGUGGUUCAAAGGAAAGGAAAUUCUGCGAAGGUCAUUUUGGAGUUAUCAAAUUUCCUUUUCCGUUGCUCCACCCAUAUUUUCUCUCUGAGAUUUCAGAAAUUUUGAACAAAAUCUGCCCUGGAUGUAAGUCUAUUCGACAAGAAUUGUGGUUUAAGGGUGUUCAUUCAAAAAACAAGCAACCAAUGGGUUGCAAAUAUUGUGCUGGAAGUUCAACUGGGUUUUAUCCGGCAAUGAAAUUCAAAGUUUCUUCAAACGAUCUAUUCAGAAGAACUGCAAUUAUGGUGGAAAUAAAUGAGAAAAAUCCGAAGAAAAUUUUGAGAGGAUUGCCUGCUGAUUAUUGGGAUUUUAUUCCAAGUGAUGUUCAACAAGAAGAAAGUUGUAUGAAAAUGAAUAGAAGGGUUUUAUCACCUGCUCAGGUUGAUGAUUUGUUGAGUGAUGUUGAUCCAAGUUUCAUUGAAAAGUUUGUUUCGCAGAGUGAUUUGCUUUUUCUCCAUAGCUUCCUUGUGACACCAAAUUCUCACCGUCUGACAGAAAUCAUGCAUGCUUCUUCUAAUGAGAACCGAUUGUUUUUUGAUGACAGGACAAGAGCAUACAAGAAACUGGUUGACUUCAGAGGCACAGCUGAUGAGUUAAUUUCUCGUGUUUUGGAUUGUCUGAGGAUCUCUAAGCUAAAUCCUGAUAAAACACCAGAUAAUAGUUUUGCUGCUCUCCAGCAAAGAAAGCUUAAAGAAAAUGCUUGCACCUCAUCUGGUUUGAGAUGGAUGAAAGAUGUUGUUCUUGGGAAGCGCAAUGAUCAUUCAUUCCGUACAGUAGUUAUUGGUGAUCCAAAUCUCAAGCUUGGCCAAAUUGGUAUCCCUUUUCAAAUUGCAGAAAGUUUGCUGGUUUCUGAACAUGUCAAUAGGCAAAAUAAGGAAAAAUUGCUUUACUGCUGUGAGCUUCUUUUACUAGAGAAGGGGCAUAUACGUGUCUGUAGAAAAGGCAAACCAUUGUUAUUGUAUAAAAAGGAAGACCUCAAGAUAGGGGACAUGAUUUAUAGGCCUCUUAGCGAUGGGGAUAUGGUCUUGAUCAAUAGGCCUCCUUCAAUACAUCCACAUUCGCUGAUUGCCCUUUUUGUUAGGGUCCUUCCCAUGUCAUAUGUGGUAUCUAUUAAUCCAUUUUGUUGUUCCCCAUUGCGUGGCGAUUUUGAUGGGGAUUGCGUGCAUGGUUAUAUUCCACAAUCAAUUGGUUCAAGAGUUGAGCUGAACGAGCUAGUUGCGUUAGAUAGGCAAUUAAUAAAUGAGCAAAGUGGUAGAAAUCUACUUUCGCUUAGUCAAGACAGUUUAACUGCUGCUUAUUUACUUAUGGAAGAUGGGGCUUUGUUAAAUAUUUACCAAAUGCAGCAGCUUCAAAUGUUUUGCUGCCAUAAUCUGAUACCACCUGCAAUUGUAAAAGCUCAUUUUAGUAAUUCUUCUUUCUGGAGUGGCAAACAAUUAUUUAGCAUGCUCUUGCCUCCUGAUUUUGACUACUCCUGUCCUUCAAGUGAUGUUUUUAUUAGUGAGGGGGAGUUAAUAUCACAUUCUGAUUCUUCUGGUUGGUUACGUGACUCUUCUUGUAAUAUAUAUCAGAGCUUGGUGCAGCAUUAUCCGGAGAAAUUUCUAGGCUUCUUGCAUGUAGCGCAAAAAGUUCUUUGUGAGUGGUUGUCUAUGACUGGGUUUAGUGUAUCACUCUCAGACUUGUACCUUUCUUCUGACUCCUACUCACGGAAAAAUAUGAUGGAGGAACUCUGCUAUGGCUUGCAAGAAGCAGAAUAUGCAUGUAAGUUUAAACAGUUGUUGGUGACUCAUCAUCAAGAUGAGAUUUCUGGAAACGGAGAAGAGAAACUGAAUUCUUUUGUUGUUGAAGGAGAGCAUCUGAAUUAUGACAGGCAAAUAUCUGCAGCUCUCAGUCAAUGUUCAGUUGAUGCAUUUCGACAAGUUUAUAGAGAUAUUCAAAGCUUAGCCAUCAAAUUUGGAUCCAAGGACAAUGCUUUGCUUACAAUGUUUAAAGCUGGAAGCAAGGGUAAUUUACUCAAAUUAGUGCAGCAUGCGAUGUGUCUUGGCUUGCAACAUUCUCUGGUUCGCCUAUCAUUCAAAAUUCCACAUCAGCUUUCGUGUGCUGCUUGGAAUAGUCAAAAGGAAGUUGAUUCAAUCCAUAUGUUUUAUGAUACUCCUGUAUCUGCUCAGUCUUACAUUCCAUAUGCUGUGGUUGAAAGCUCAUUUCUGACAGGGUUGAAUCCUCUUGAAUGUUUUGUUCAUUCAGUUACAAGCCGAGAUAGUUCAUUCAGUGACAACGCUGAUCUACCUGGAACUUUGACGCGAAGACUUAUGUUCUUCAUGCGUGAUUUGUACCUUGCAUAUGAUGGAACAGUGAGAAGUUCAUAUGGUAGUCAACUUAUAAAGUUCUCAUAUGAUACAAAUGAUGACCCAUCUGCUGAUAUCUAUUGUCAAGAUGGUGCUAUUGGUGGCCAACCUGUCGGAGCACUUUCAGCUUGUGCAAUUUCUGAAGCUGCGUACAGUGCUUUGGAUCAACCAAUCAGUCUACUUGAAACAUCACCUUUGCUGAAUUUGAAAAAAGUACUGGAGUGUGGUUCGAAGAAAAAAAGCGGUGACCAGACAGUGUCUUUAUUUUUAUCUGAGAAUCUGAAUAGACAGAAAUAUGGGUUUGAAUAUGGAGCCUUGGAAGUUAAAAAUCAUUUGGAGAGACUGCGGUUUUCAGACAUUGUUUCUAAUGUCAUGAUAAUAUUCACCCAACCAAAUUGUAUGCAACGGAAAUUGAGUCCUUGGGUGUGCCAUUUUCAUAUUAACAUGGCAAUUUUAACGAAGAGAAAGCUAAAAGUGGAUUUGAUUAUUGACUCUUUGCACAAAAGAUGGAAUUCACAAGCCCAAAGAUGUAAAUCACAAGUCGUUCUUCCCAGUUUAGAAAUAUCAAGCAAGAAAUGUUCUAUGGCUGGCAAUAAUGAAAAAGGUGAAGAUAAUCUUUGCAUCACCGUCACACUUGUUGAAAAUCCAAGGGACUAUAUACAGCUAGAUUUUGUUCAGGGCUGGUUCAUACCUUUCCUUCUAGGAACUGCAAUAAAAGGUUGUCUGGAGAUAACAAAGGUAGAUAUCAUAUGGAGUGAUCGGUCAAAAGUAUCAAAAUCUAAUAGUUCUUCUGGUGAGCUGUACUUGAGGGUCACUUUGUCCCAUGACCGUGGCAGUGGAAGAUUCUGGAGUACACUUGUGAAUCAUUGCCUUCCAAUAAGGCAUCUGAUUGAUUGGACACGUAGUCAUCCAGAAAACAUACAUCAUUUCUGUUCAGCCUAUGGAAUAGACUCGGGGUGGAAAUAUUUUCACAAUAGUUUGGAAUCUGCAAUCUCUGAUACCGGCAAGAUAAUCCUUCCUAAGCAUUUGCUUCUAGUUGCUGAUAGUCUAUCAGUUAGUGGAGAAUUUGUGGGAUUGAAUCCUAAAGGCAUGGCACGGCAAAGACAACAUGCAUCUGUGUCAUCACCCUUUGUGCAAGCAUGCUUCUCUAAUCCUGGCAGUUGCUUUAUAAAAGCUGCUAAAGCUGGAGUUAGGGAUGAUCUCCAGGGGAGUCUAGAUGCAUUGGCUUGGGGAAACUGUCCUUCCAUAGGGACAGGUGGGCAGUUUGAUAUAAUGUAUUCUAACAAGGGAUAUGAACUUGAUAAACCUGUUGAUGUCUACAAGUUGCUAGAAGUCAAUGUGGAUGAGCCGAAUCAACAGAUCAAUACUUUUGAAGCACAAAUGUAUUUGUCUGACAAAUGCAGUGCUAUGUAUAAAAAGGGUUGCCUUGCUUUAAAGGGGCUUAUUAGAAAGUUGGUGUCAGUGGAUGAUAUUCUGAAGCUGGCUAACAAAGCAAAGCGCAUAUUAAAAGUAUAUUCGCCAGAUCAGCAACUAAAUGAGGUGGACAAGCAAAUCAUGAAGCAGGUUUUGCACUUUCAUCCUCAUUGGAAUAAAAAGAUUGGCAAUGGAGUAAGGGACAUAAAGGUUGGUCAACAUCCUAUACAUCAAAAUACUCACUGUUUCUUUAUAGUACGGAAUGAUGAGUCUGUUGAGGAUUUUUCCUACCGUAAAUGCAUUCAUAAUGCUCUGGAGAUCAUUGCACCAGCAAGGGCGAGGCGGUAUGAGGAAAAGUGGUCGGGAAGCAUGUAAACCAUCUUGGUAUGCAGCCACCUGACAAAUAAAGCAUCAAUGCUGAAGUCUUGCCACAUUAUACAGCUGAAAGGUGACUAAUCUGGAGCGUACUUUUGUCAUAUUUCUCUAUGCCAUCUCAGUAUGCAUGUCGAGGCUUGAUAGUGACAAAUAGAACGCAAGGGAUGUUUCCUCUGAAGUCAUCAUGAUAAUAUACAGCUGAAAGAUGACUCAGCUUUCUCAGUAUGCGUGUCCAGGCUUGAUACUUGACUAAACUUUUGUUAUAAGCUUUCUCGAAGUUUGAGAGAGUAGCACCUAACCGACUUUCUGGAGUUCUAUUCUUCUUGGAAAGCUGUACAUUUUCAUUCGGAGCAGAACAAAAUCCAAAGGGGACUAUACAAGUUGAAAGCGUGAGAGAAUAUAUAUUUUUUGUAAUGCUACAACCUAACUUCUUUAAUUCAAAAUAUAUUAGUGGUUCCUUUCCCUCAGCUUCUUUUUGCUACUUCCGCUAAUGCUUAUUUGCCUUGGUUAAAAGUUAGGCAAAGAAGAUUAGCGGAAGCAGCAACGAGAAGCUUGCAAAGGUCAACCCCAAGUUGAUGUAUUUGUGAAUUUUGUAAUGCAGCAAUGGGAAAAAUAUUUGUCUCAA